AUGACCCAGCACGGCUUCUAUCCGAAACCGUUCGAACUGUCACUGUCGGCGCUGAAAAGUGUCUUUGAAUCAGACAAUCCCAGUUAUUCGAAGCGUGUGCCGAAUUGCCAGAAAUGUGGUCAACACGGUCAAAAAUCUCGUCUGAAGGGGCACAAGCGAUUAUGCCCGUUCAAGGACUGCCCAUGUGCUAAGUGCCAAGUGGUCAGUGAGCGGCAAAAGCUGAUGGCAGAUCAGAUCAAGAUACGACGUCGUCAACGGAAGGACAGCAUCAUCAAUCUCCAACGCGACCACCUCGCUUCGACUAUAAAUGCUGCCGCCGCUCAAAUAGGCCAGAUGAACUUCGGACUUAGCGGACUUAGUUUACUAUGUGAGUUGGAGUACAAUGACUUCCUUUUCAAAAUUAGCCUCGUCUCAAGGAUAGACCGCCUCAAUGAAACAUUCCCUCAGAACACGGAGGACACUCUAGAGCUCAGGGUGCUGCCAUGA